AUGACCAGCCUGUGGAUGCCCCGGAUUCUUCGACCCGACUAUACAUGGCCGCGGCCAGUGCUCCUUAGAAUAUCCGAAAUAACUCCUCCGGUUCCUCGAAUAUCAGGUAGAAUUGUCCGGCGUCUCUGGGGUAUCCUGCAUAAGGGCCUAUACAUCUUUUCUGAGUGGUAUUGCUACUGGUUUGAUGUCCCGUUCGAUGGUAAUAUUGCACAGCUACCUUUCGGCCUGCUUUUGAAAUGGACAGAUAGAACAAGUCUAGAGGAAGCUGUAGCUAUGCAGAUGGUAGCUGCUGGUGGUAUUCCAACCCCAAAAAUUCUUUGUUAUGGAGAGCAUCCGAACGAUCCCUACAACAGGCAUAUCUCUAUUCUCAUGACGAGGCUUCCUGGUAUAACGCUUGAGAAUUCGAGGGAUCCACUAGACAUCGAGACAUCCGGACCGUGGCUUGAGGAAUUAAAAACAUGCGUGAGUGCUAUGCGUCAGUGGAGUCCUCCUGAGAAGCUGUUCACUGGCUCUGUGAUUGGGACUGCUGUGCAUAGCCAGCGAGUUCCGAACCAUAUCAUGGGCCCAUUCACAACUCAAAAUGGUCUAUACGAUCACCUGUUCUCUACUGCGUCAUCACAUGGGUUUACUUCUACCGAGAAAUUCGAGGAAGCAUUGACGGAAGCGAGGAAGAUAUACGAAAGGCCGCAUCGGGUUGUGUUCACUCAUGGAGAUUUCAAAGCUCACAAUAUCCUUGUUGAUGAUGAUGGACAUCUAUCGGGCUUCCUAGACUGGGAAUCAGCUGGGUGGUAUCCCGAGUACUGGGAAUUUACUACAGCUAUGAGGUUUGGGCGGAACACCUGGUGGUAUCAAGUCGCUUCUUGGAUGGGCGGGGACCAGUAUUCCCAGGAACUGUCUUCAGAUGUCGCCCUGAAUCUAUUGACAGUUGACUCUUAUAUAGCGUGGUAA